AGUCAGCCCCGUAUUUGUACAGGCAAGAAGUAUGUAUAUAAGAAAUAAAAUGAACUUUUCGUUUCCCAUUAGCAAUUGAAUGUUACGUGAAAUAAAGACACCGGCAUUAUUGUGUUCAUUGAGUACUCAUCUAUUUUCUGUUUUUCAAAUUGAUUGCUUAUUAUUUUUCCGUGCUACGUAUGCAACUUUUAAGUGCAAUGCAUUGUGGAUAAUUGGACUCAUGUUUCAACUUAUUUGUGUGAAUUCGAAAUUAUCCUUACAAGGUCGAUUGCUCAUUUGUAAUUACAAACAUAUGUAUGUACAUACAUAUGUACAUAAAUACUUAAAACAGCAUGUUUACCAAUUUUUGUAUAAAAAUGAAAAAAAGCCCACCGCGGCAACAGUUCAAAUGUUGAUUCGCGUUAGUUCAUCGUUUGGUCGAGAAAAGAGUGACGGUAUGUUUGACGAUCUGCAAAUGAUCUAUAUGAGUGUACGCAUUCUGCGCUUCUGGUCACUGAUUUACGAACACACCUGGCGCCGUUAUGUUUGCUUAUCGAUGACAACGUUUUUAGUUUUCACUCAACUCUACUAUAUGUUUCACACUAGCGAAGGUAUCGACGCCAUAAUUAGGAACUCCUAUAUGCUGGUGCUUUGGUUCAAUACGUUAUUGAGAGCUUAUUUGUUGCUGUACGAUCGGGAGAAGUACGAACGGCUGUUGAGUGAUCUAGAAAAAUUUUACUAUGACCUGAAGAAAACAAAGGAUUCCUACAUACAAGAUCUACUUACCGAGGUCAACUCGACUGGAAAAUAUAUGGCGCGCGGUAAUCUCUUUCUUGGACUUCUAACCUGUUUUGGGUUCGCUUUCUAUCCACUCUUUACUACCGAAAGAGUUUUACCUUUUGGUAGCAUGAUUCCAGGCAUUAACGAGUACAAGAGUCCUUUCUACGAGUUUUGGUACAUUUAUCAGAUGAUAAUCACACCCAUGGGCUGUUGCAUGUACAUCCCUUAUACAAGUCUGAUAGUGGCUCUGAUUAUGUUUAGUAUUGUGAUGUGCAAAGCUUUGCAAUUUCGUUUGAAAACUUUGCAUCGUGUGCGGCAUAUUGAUGGAUUGAUUCACAAAAAUGUUAAGGAAUGUAUUCAAUAUCAGCUAAACAUUAUAAACUACAUCGGUCGAGUGAAUGAUUUGACAACCUACAUUUUUCUUUUGGAAUUUCUUGCUUUUGGUACUCUUUUGUGUGCGCUGCUUUUCUUAUUAAUUAUUGUAAGUAUUAGUUUAAUUUUAAACCAAUUCAUAAAUAUCAAGAAAAUUACUUAUUUCAUCAAAAUUUUGUUGCAGGUGGACUCAACAGCCCAGACGGUUAUUGUUUGUGCUUAUAUUACAAUGAUAUUUGCACAAAUUUUGUCCUUGUAUUGGUAUGCAAAUGAACUUCGGGAACAGAAUCUUGCCAUCGCUGCUGCUGCUUACGAUACUGAAUGGUUUACAUUUCCAAUAGCGGUGCAGAAGCAUAUUCUCUUGAUGAUACUGCGAGCUCAGAAGCCGCCAGCGAUAAUGGUGGGACAUAUUCAUCCUAUUUCGUUGGAGCUAUUUCAAUCUCUACUCAAUGCUUCUUAUACUUACUUUACAUUGUUGAAACGAGUUUACACUUAAGGUUUCCAAAUAUUCGUGUUAACUACGAAUUAUGCUACGUAGUUUUUUUUUAUAGUAACUGAAUGAUAAGAUAGCACAAUGAGAAUUCACUAGGCUUGCCCUAUUUUUUUUUUAUUUAUGCACGCCUAAACUAUAUAAAAUACUUUUACGAUUUGGCUUUUAAUUUAAUUUUUAUUUCGAAUUCAUCUUACCUUCAAUAGAUAUUUUCAUUUUCAACAACUUUUACUUUUUCAGAUAAAUAAAGGUAUAUAUUGUAUGAAUACAUUAAUAUUAAUUAUUUUCUCCCAUGUUAUAAACAAAGUUUAGUCAAAGUCUUAAAUUUUUUUUAUGUUUAUUUAAUAUACUUAGGCAUAUGCUUCUUUUAUAUAAUUGAUUUUAAUUAAAAUCUACUUUGAAGUAUUACAUUUGGUUUUUAGCUUAUUGCAAGGUGCUAAGUUACGUAUACAUAGACAUAUGUAUGUAGGUUUGUAUCAAUAAAUCUUCUGAAAUAUAAUUAUUUAAUAAUUAAACAGUAUUUCGUUUCGUUCGUACAAACAGUAUUGCAAUUAUUUUGCGUCAUUUUGCGUAAAAUCUAAAGCUAAAGUAAAUGAGGCUAAUUUUAGUUAUUGAAUAUAAAAUUAAAACAUAAAAACACGUUGCACAUAAAAAUGCAUUGCGACUGCUAAACAAUGCAUGAGUGUAUUAAAAUAAUUAGAUCAAUGUGCAAGCUGGCAUUGCGAAACUAUUAAUUUUUCACCGUUGAAAAAAAUUUUUUUGGGUGCCUAUGGACACCGCGAUCCAAACAUAUAUACCUGCAUAUGUAUAAGGGAAAUAGUAAUAAAAUGUAUAUUAGAUAAAUAUUAAUCUAUAAUUCAUUUUAAUGCAAAAAAUGAGAAAAAGUGUGUAUACGGGCUUUUCCAAAAUUAGAAAAAAAAAAUUAAAAAUUAGGAAUUUUGAUAGAUGGGUUCCAGAGAAAUAUUUCGCACUAAUGUUGUCACUGUUGUAACAACAUGCAAACUCCCCCAAUUUGCGGAAUGUUGCUGAAGUGACCGAUAGUCGCGCAGUUAAUCAA